UUUUCGAUAAGGUAAAUUACUCAAUAACCCUAAUCGAAUAUUCGUUAAAUAUCUUCUUUUUUAUUCUUUGGAGAAUUUUUUUUGUUGCAAUAAGGAUGGAAUUACCAUUAGCACCGGACACGACCACGGCCCUACAACUCAUCGAACAACACCUCUUUGAUGAUGAUGAUGAUCAUCAAGUCAUAUCUCCAGCUACCAGCUCCUCGAACAAUCUUGACUCAAGAUCACCACCACUGAUCACUGGUCAUCAAAACAAUGCUAGUAGUAGGGUUCCAACUAGUUUUAGUAUUUCCUUCGGGAAUAACGAAGGUCAUUGUCUUCGUCAUCCAGACAAUGACCCUCUUCUGGAGUACAUUUACUCAUCACUAGAAGGAGUUGAUUAUGAUGAAACCUUUCACAUAUUUUGUAGCAAACCGCGAAAAGCUGUUACUAAAAAUAGUAAUAAUGAUGGUAAUAAGCAUGGGAACUAUAUAGGGGUGAGGAGAAGACCAUGGGGUAGAUUUGCGUCGGAAAUUAGAAACCCUAAUCGUAAAGGUUAUAGAAUUUGGCUCGGGACAUAUGAUACGGCUAUUGACGCAGCCCGGGCUUAUGAUCGGGCCGCUUAUGAAAUCCGAGGUAACAAAGCUAGACUCAACUUCCCACAUGAAGUUGGGAGGUGUUCGUCUUCAUCAUCAUCGUCUGAAAUAACUCAAGUACAACAUGUAGGAGAGAAGCGACAAAGAAAUGAAGAUGAUAAUAAAUAUUAAAUAGUGAUAAUUUAAAUAAAGAAGUGAGAAAUGAUGAAGGUUGUUCGUUUAAUCAUUAAGUCUCAGCAUAUAUGUAGGUUAUUAACAAGUGUU